GAAAGCAGAGUGCGCGAACUUAACCACUCAGCCGCUGGGUUGGCUCCUCUUAAACUUUUUUUUAAAUGAUGAUCCAUUGUAAGAAACGUUUUAUGUGGCAACCCAGUAUACAGAUAAGGCAAAGUAUAUGUGAAACAAAAGUUUAAAGUUACCUCUGCCAUGUGCAGGUCACUGAUAUGAUUUUGUUUUAAACUGCCAGUUCCAUCCUACCACUCUACUGAAUUCUCUGCUCAUGAACUUGGAGUUCGAAAACACCGAUCUAGGCCAGGCGCCUCCCCCUGGACGUUUUGACCCAGGCUGCGAUUUAUUUGUAAUGUGAGCAGGUAGGAGAGGAGCGUGGCCACAGCUUUCUAAGUGGGGCAGCCACUUAGCUUUCCCUUCUGCAGGGUUAAAGCCGUGCUCUCACAAGGGCAGGGAACAGCUCCAGAGCGCAGAUGCUACUGGUGAACUGGAGGCGGCGAGACAGGUGGAGCAGAGCCCGAAGCUGAGCAAACAUCUGCCUUCUCAAUGCCUUUUCCUUGCGCGUCAGUUCUGUGCCAGGCACUGUGCUGGGCCUCAUUUCUUCUUCCGACCUUUUGGGCGGAAGAACAAAUCAGUCGUCUCCACUCCCCAUAGAGGAAAAGCCUCCCACUCUCUGACCUCAUAAAACACUACCAGUGUCCGGAUUUUGCCCCCUGACUGGCCAGCGGCUGGGCUGAGCGUUUCGCUCGGGAGUGUUAUAUCGUUGCAUCCUCACAACGAACAUAAAAGCGAUUAUCAUCUCCCCACUUUACAGUGCCCCUGAGGCGCUCAUCUGCCCGGGUCCGCUGGAGGUUGCACCAUGAAUGACCGAAACGGCCGGAGGAGGACACUGAAGAAGGACAAUGAGGCCUUCGAGAUCUCCAUCCCCUUCGACGAGACACCCCACCUAGACCCACAGAUCUUUUACAGUCUGAGUCCUUCUCGGGGAAACUUCGAGGAGCCCCCGGAGGCCGCAUCCCCACCAGUGGCCCUGAUGAACGGCGUCAGGGCCCAGCUGCACAUGGCCCUGGAGAGGAACUCGUGGCUGCAGAAGCGCAUCGAGGACCUGGAGGAGGAGAGGGACUUCUUGCGGUGUCAGCUGGACAAGUUCAUCUCCUCUGCCCGCAUGGAUGCAGAGGACCACUGCCGAGUGAAGCCUGGGCCCCGGCGGGUUGAGGGGGACAGCCGGGGUGGGGCCGGGGGUGAGGCCUCGGACCCUGAGUCAGCCGCCUCCUCGCUCAGCGGAGCAUCUGAAGAAGGCAGUAACGUGGAGAGGAAGAGGCAGAAGCAGAAGGGAGGUGCUGGCCGGAGGCGCUUCGGGAAGCCCAAGGCCCGGGAGAGGCAGCGGGUGAAGGACGCAGAUGGUGUCCUCUGCCGUUAUAAGAAGAUCCUGGGCACCUUCCAGAAGCUGAAGAGCAUGUCUCGGGCCUUUGAGCACCACCGCGUGGACCGCAACACAGUGGCGCUGACCACACCCAUCGCCGAGCUGCUUAUCGUGGCCCCAGAAAAGCUGGCGGAGGUGGGCGAGUUCGACCCCUCCAAGGAGCGUCUGCUCGAGUACUCGCGCCGCUGCUUCCUAGCCCUGGACGACGAGACCCUCAAGAAGGUGCAGGCCCUCAAGAAGAGCAAGCUGCUGCUUCCCAUCACCUACCGCUUCAAGCGGUGAUCCCCGACCUGGCCGGGACACGCCCGCCGGCCCCCCACUCCGCUCCCUCCGGCCCUCCACUCCGCUCCCUCCGGCGUACGGGCGAGCGUGUGCAUGAGUGUUGUGCCCCUCGCGACCGUCUCGCGGGUGGGCGGCGUGUGCCUGCCUCUCUUCCUCCUCCUGCACCUCCACUGCACCCCACGUCCCUUGUAUAUACACGUGCCCUCCUUGCCUCCCACAUCCCGAGCAUCCUCACCUUCCUCCGCAUUCCCUGGGUUGGGGCUGGGGUCGGGGGUGGGGGUGUCUCACUUAGCUAGGCUCCCGGGAGCCACUGCCCAGGGGCCGGUUUCUGUCCCUUCCUAAACACGGGCACCCCUCCCACUUGAGCUGCACCGUCCUGCCCUUACUGGGCCCGUCCUCCUGGGGAAACUGCGGGACUCUGCGGGGCGGGGGCUCCGUACACACCCCGCCUCCGCCCCAGCCCCGAGCAGAGGCCGGCCCGCCCAGCCUGGAGCUCCCCACCCGCGCUCCGGACCGCCCCGCGUCCACGUGAGAGAGAGUUAUUCAGAGAAUUUAAAUUAAAAAGAGACGAUAAAAUUUGGAAUAAACUAGGCCCCCGCCUCUUCCUGGGAGGGGGUGGCCGUUGCCGCGGAGACGGGGGUCUCGGGGGUUGCAGGGAGCGCGCGGUCAGGCGGGAAACGGGGAGGUUGGUAGACAGGGUGUAAUUAGCCCCCAGGAAGCAGGGGUGGGAGCGGGAGAAGCAGCUGUGCCCCGGGGAACUCGCAGGGGCAGAGCUCUGGAAGAGGCGUGAACUCUACCCGGUGGGCUAUCUGAACUCUCGAGCGGAGGGACUCAAUGACCUCUAAAGGAGGCGGCCACCGGGGAGGGAAAGCAGCACAUCUCCGGGUGGAGGUUUUCACCCGCCCGCCAGGAGGCGGUAAUGCGAGAUUAUCAGUCUCCCGGAAGUGCCUCCUACGUCGCCUGCUGCGCCUGCGCGGCUAGAGGGGAGCGGGCGCGCUUACGCGGUUGCUACGGCGACCA